GGCGACACGGCUCUCCCCACCCCCGGCAGGUAGACGCCGCGCCACCGUCAGCGAUGGGCAAGGGAGACCCCAACAAGCCGCGGGGCAAGAUGUCCUCGUACGCCUUCUUCGUGCAGACGUGCCGCGAGGAGCACAAGAAGAAGCACCCCGACUCGUCGGUCAACUUCGCCGAGUUCUCCAAGAAGUGCUCCGAGAGAUGGAAGACCAUGUCCGCAAAGGAAAAAUCGAAGUUCGAAGAUUUGGCCAAGAGCGACAAAGCUCGCUAUGACAGGGAGAUGAAGAAUUAUGUUCCUCCCAAAGGUGAUAAGAAAGGAAAGAAGAAGGAUCCUAAUGCUCCAAAGAGACCACCGUCUGCCUUCUUCCUGUUUUGCUCUGAACAUCGCCCAAAGAUCAAAAGUGAACACCCAGGCCUGUCUAUUGGAGAUACUGCAAAAAAAUUGGGUGAGAUGUGGUCUGAACAGUCUGCCAAAGAUAAACAACCCUAUGAGCAGAAGGCAGCUAAACUAAAGGAGAAAUAUGAAAAGGAUAUUGCUGCAUACCGUGCCAAGGGCAAAAGUGAAGUAGGAAAGAAGGGUCCUGGUAGGCCAACAGGCUCAAAGAAGAAGAAUGAACCAGAAGAUGAGGAAGAGGAGGAGGAGGAAGAAGAAGAUGAAGAUGAUGAGGAAGAAGAUGAGGAUGAAGAAUAAAUGGCUGUCCUAAA